AUGGACCUUUAUGAGGAAUUACCUGGGAGCCAGCUUUUGUUUGAUCCUGAGUUUGAAACAUUUCUUGAAGCACUAAAUGCGAACAAAGUAACAUGUGUUGAUUUCCUGACAUUAAAAGCACCAGACUUGGCUAAGCUAUCUCAGCGUUCAAUUAACGAGGUCAUAAGGUUUCAACAGAGACUAAUAAGAGAGUAUGAUGCACAAUAUAAUUCCAAUAGUACAAAACCGCUAGCUAAACAAAUACCAAAUAAACAGUUUACAACAGGUGACCUAGGAAUAGAUGAGGUUUUAGGAGGAGGAAUUUCGACUAAUUGUAUUACUGAAAUAUUCGGUGAAAGCUCUACAGGAAAGUCACAGUUACUGAUGCAGCUCUGUUUAUCAGUUCAAUUACCUAUUUCCGAAGGAGGUCUUAAUGCCAAAUGUGUAUUCAUAACCACAGAAGGUGAUCUCCCGACUAACAGACUAGCUGGGAUGAUUGAGGCAAGAAAAGACUGGCAUGAAUUAGGUAUAUCACAGUCGAAUAUCUUUACCGUUAGUUGCCCUGACUUAAUUUCACAAGAGCAUAUAGUAAAUGUUCAGCUACCUGUCUUACUUGAACGAAAUAAAGGGGAGAUCAAACUGAUAAUAAUUGAUUCUAUUUCCCAUCACUUAAGAGUUGAACUAGAUACUAAAUCAUUCAAAGACUCUUUAGAAAAUAAGGCAUAUAUUACUGAAAUGGCUGAGAAACUACAAGGAAUAGCUACAAAGCACUCAGUUGCUAUCGUAGUGGCCAACCAAGUAGGGGAUAAACCGUUGAAUGAAAACUUAGACCCUUAUAAUUUAAACGUCAAUGACUUAGAGUACCAGCUAGGAUGGUUGGUGGGAUGGAAGAAUUCGACCAUAUUAUAUCGACAAACAAUCCAGCAGAUAGGCUUUCAAAAGCAACAAGUAAUUGCAUCAAACGCUGAUAGUAUACUAUCCGAUGAUGAGGACUAUAUGCUAGUUGAAGAGCAAGUACGACGGAUAAAGCGAGAAGAAGAUGGUGAGAAAUUUGUUGAAAGUGGAAUUGGCGGUUCAACUAGUGCUCUUGCUAGGGGAGAAGUUGAAGAAGCUGACAAUAAACUAACAGAGCUCAAACCGCGCAAAAAUAACAGCGUGAAGAAGACUAUCAAAAGAAAAAUGGAUCACAGGGUUCCAAAUCUUGGUCUCACUUGGGCAAAUUAUGUAAGCACUCGUAUUUUACUAAAAAAAAGUUAUGCAGCCUCUCCUAUGAUUAGGCGAGGUGAAUUAAAGAAAUACAAAGGAUCAGAUACAUCCGAUUUUUGGCAAGUGAAAAGACUCUUGAAAGUUGUAUAUUCUAGCUUUUGUACCCCCGAGGAAAUCAAUUUCAAGAUUACGAAAUGUGGAGUUGAAUCAGUAUAA